AUGCUUAAAUUAUUGAAAAAUUUUGGUGGAAGUUGUGAAAUUCAAAAUCGACGAGGUGAUUUACCUAUACAUGAAGCUAUUCAAGCUGGUGCAAAAGAUUGCGUCGAAUAUUUGCUUUCUUCGCAUCCAUCAUCAAUAAAUGUAUCAAAUCAUGAUGGUCGUACCGGAUUACAUUUAGCUGCUGCUUCCGGAAAUUUAGAAAUGGUGGUACUAUUAUGUAGCCGAAAUGCUGAAAUCAAUCCAUUAAUGUUAUAUAAGGAUACACUUUUGACACCAUUAGAUUUAGCAAUACAAAAGAAUCAUGAAUUAAUUGUGGAAUAUUUACGAUUACGACAAGAUGGUAAAUUAGCUGAGGAAUUAUCAGAGGAAAUGAGAAAGGAAAUAAGAUCACAACUAAAGUAUCAAAUCCUGGCAGUACGAGAGGAUAAGCAAAAAGAUGAUAUCGUACCAAAUACAACUCGAAUAUUGAAUCAAUCCGGAAAAUUACCGGUAGGAGAAAACAAAAAUACCGUAAAAAUGGAAAGUGUAAGUCAAGAAACACAAACAACAAUGCAAAUUUAUCGAGCUGCAGCAACUAAUACUUCGAGACCUGAAUCUCGUGAUAGUAUUAAUGUUGCAAGAAUUUAUCAAUCUACUUUACCUAUACAACAAUUUAUAGCUAAAGCAACAAGUACCGCAGAUCUUGAACAAAACUUACCUGUGAAACAACUACAAUUACAAGGUGAAAAAAUUCAGAAAAUUUCUGGAAAUGCGAAAAAAAGAGAUGACAACGGUGAUUGGCCAAACAAUAAUAACUGGACAUCAGAAGAGGAUGAUUUUGAAGAUGAAAACAAAAAGAAAGGUGAAAAAAUUCAGAAAAUUUCUGGAAAUGCGAAAAAAAGAGAUGACAACGGUGAUUGGCCAAACAAUAAUAACUGGACAUCAGAAGAGGAUGAUUUUGAAGAUGAAAACAAAAAGAAAGGUAAAUCAUCAAGGAAAAAUUUAAAUAAAUCAAGAGAUGGGUAUGGUCUUCAAUUGAAACAAUUAAAGGAAAAUGAAUAUUUGUAUGAAAAAAAUGAAAAAGGAGGAAAGAUGAAGAAGAAAUUGGUUGAAAUGACAAGAAUUGAUGAAAAUUUAAGCAAUGAUAAUGAUAAUAAUGAUAACAAUGAUAAUGGAAAGGAAGAACGAUCAACUGCUGCAAUGAAUUAUCAUCACAAACAUCGUUCACAGGAAAUAUCAAAGGAUGCUCAUCAUCAUGAUUUUGAAACAAAAUUGAUGAAAUCUGUUGGCUCACAUCAAGUUGACAUUUAUCAAACUGAAUUUGGGGAAAUUACAAUGCAACAACGAUUUAAUAAAAAUAAGAGAAUUGGUCGUUGUUAUGCAUAUGAAGAAGCCAUUUUUAAUGAGCUUACACAUUUGAAGAAGAUGCAAUUACAGUAUGGUAAAGUGAAAGAACAAAUAUUGGUCCGAUCAUUAAUUAAUAAUUUCUGUAAAAUGUACAAUCUCAAUCCGUCACAAUUCAAAUUUAAUACUUUUCAUGGAUGGGAAAAAUUUCUUUGUGAUCAAUUGAAAUUACUGUAUUUGGAGGAACGGAAUCGUAUUUUCACUUCUCAUCAUUCCCGCUAUUCCGCUACUAACAAAUAUAAAACAGGCAUACAACGAAAACAACCAUAUUACAAUAGUACGGUAUUAGGUACUAUUACAGAAUGUACACGUUCAGCACAUAGUGAUUCAUCUCAAACUUUAUGUUCCGGUGAAAAACGAUGUAAUUGUUUGUAUAAUAAACGUGAUUUAUUGUAA